CCGCGGCUCCAGCCCAGCUCUCGGAGCCGCCUUCGCUACCACAGUCCGCUCCCUGGGGCCGCCGCCGCCUCCCCCGGGUCGCGGGCUCUGUCCGCGGGGCCCGUGCCGCUCGCCCCGAGCCAGGAGGACGAGCUCGAGGAGGAUGCCUGGGCCCUUUCGCAAGCCCUGGGUUCCUGGCAUUGUGCCGAGGUUGGAUCACAGAGAUGCUGCCUGCAGGUCCCGCGCGGCCCCGGGUGAGACCCGCCAGCGUGCCUGCCGGCGCCAUGGGAAGGAGCGGGCGCCGCUGCUGCUGCUGCCCCCUGCCUGCGCGCGCACGACUUGAACCCAGCUGCGGGCAGCCCCCGGCCGCGGGUCCCCGAGUGACGCUGGAGGCAUCUGGGAGCUUGGCGCGGGCCCGGGGCCACGUCGAGGAGCCCAUUGUCCAGUGAAACAGCCGAGGACCCGCCGCCCGCGCCGCCGCCAUGGUUAUGUCCCAGGGCACCUACACGUUCCUCACGUGCUUUGCCGGUUUCUGGCUCAUCUGGGGUCUCAUCGUCCUACUCUGCUGCUUCUGCAGCUUCCUGCGCCGCCGCCUCAAACGGCGCCAGGAGGAGCGGCUGCGUGAGCAGAAUCUGCGCGCCCUUGAGCUGGAGCCCCUUGAGCUCGAGGGCAGCCUGGCCGGGAGCCCCCCCGGCCUGGCGCCCCCGCCACCACCUCACCGCGGCCGUGUCGAGGCGCCGGCGCACGCCCACCAGCACGUGCACGUGCACCCGCUGCUGCACCACGGGCCCGCGCAGCCGCACGCGCACCCGCACGCACACCACCACGCGCUUCCGCACCCACCGCCGCCGCACCUAUCAGUACCGCCGCGGCCGUGGAGCUACCCGCGCCAAGCGGAAUCGGACACGUCCAAGCCACCGUGCUAUGAAGAGGCGGUGCUGAUGGCCGAGCCGCCGCCGCCCUACAGCGAGGUGCUCACGGACACGCGCGGCCUCUAUCGCAAGAUUGUCACGCCCUUCCUGAGCCGCCGCGACAGCGCGGAGAAACAGGAGCAGCCGCCGCCCAGCUACAAGCCGCUCUUCCUGGACCGGGGCUACACGUCGGCGCUGCACCUGCCCAGUGCCCCGCGGCCCGCGCCGCCCUGCCCUGCGCUCUGCCUGCAGGCGGACCGCAGCCGUCGGGUCUUCCCCAGCUGGACCGACUCGGAGAUCAGCAGCCGAGAGCCACUGGAGCACGGAGCUUGGCGCCUGCCGGUCUCCAUCCCCUUGUUCGGGAGGACUACAGCCGUAUAGAGGGCGCCCGACGUCCCGGGCCCCACCCGCGGACUCCUGGCCUGAUUGCGGGGCUUUUUAAACGCUUCCCUUGGACU